ACUCAGUAACAGUAUUGUAAUAACAUUGACGUUGUGUGGUUGUCUUUCAAAAAGUUUCAUAUUUAUUUACGAAAAGGAACUUUUUAGAACAAGUUUAGAAGAUUAUUUAUAACAGGGAUUAUAAAAGUUUGAAGAUUUACGGAUUGAUAACAACUUCAGUGAGUGUUUGAUGCAGUUCUCAAGGUUUUUGUCAAACUAAAACAACUUUUUCUUUUGAGUGCUGUGUGAAAUUUUAGAGACUGCAAAGUGAAAUAGUGUUUGAAGCGAUCUACGUUGUUUUCAUUCAAUUAUACGACGAUGUUGCCCAGGAAAAGAAGUACAAAGCUACUACUAAUCGCAGUAUUGUGCCUGGUCCAAUCUUCAGAACAACAUGGUUCCGGAGCGCCCCCUGGGGCUUGCUUGGAUCAAAUACCACGGCAUAGCACGAUCCUGCCCCAGGCUUCGGUGCCUCCGUACGCCAUCAUCACAUCAUCAGCUCAAGUUCGGCAAGGUGAUGCGCUCAACGUCACCAUCGGAAGCCCAUUCACCACUCCACUGCCUAUAGGAGGAUUUAUCUUACAAGCCAGAUCUAUACAGGACACAGAUAAAAUAAUCGGCAAGUUCACAGGUGUGCCAACGGUAGCUCAAAUCAUGAGUUGUCGCGGGGACAACGAUACGGUUACACACACCUCGCCGCAAGAGAAACCACCACUCACCUUCACCUGGGUAGCUCCGAAUGACUACUUGGGGGGAGUAGAAUUCAGAGCUACAGUCGCCCAAAGCUAUGCGACCUUCUGGAAAAAUGUGGAAUCAACUUUAGUAGAAGUCGUGACACCAGACACGGUAAUUACAACGUCGAGCCCUGUCACUACCACCGCUAGAACUACGCAAGCACCUCCUGUUAUUAUGGAAUCUAAGCCAAACACGACACCCCCGCCCUUAGACAGCAUUUAUCAAGGCUGCGCAGACACCAAACUAUGUUUUGGCGUUCCCCAAAAUUGCAUCCCCACCGGAAACUGCAAAGCUAUUGUUGCAAUAUUCGUAGCGGGAGACAUUUAUACAUUCGAAAUCCAAGGAACUGACAAUCCUAAGUACGUCUCAGCAGCUCUGAGCAUGGACAAUAAAAUGGGUGACGAUAGUGCAAUGGAAUGCGUGAGAAACGACAAUGGGAGGGUUAAUCUCUUUACUUCUUGGACAUAUCCUAAAGUGGAGCCAUACGUGAAAAGGUCGGAUUCGCCUCAAGAUAUAGUGCAGUUGCUGGAGUCGUCAACGAUAGAUGGAAAAUUAUAUUGCAAGUUCAGAAGAGAUACCGUGUCGAAGGUUAUGGGGCAGACUUUUGAUUUGGCGAGGAAUAAGUAUAAUUUGAUGGUGGUUUCUGGGGAUUCCAUGAAAGAUGCUGAUCGCGUGGGUUUCCACUCACUGGCAUUCGAAGCCACUGGUGAACCGCUGGCGUUGUCAACGGUCGGAACAGCGGCGGCAUCCUCCAAGCUACUUCUGAAGCUACACGGGUCUUUCAUGAUAGCUGCGUGGAUCGGCACUGCGUCUUUAGGAAUACUACUAGCAAGAUAUUUCCGGAAAACAUGGGUUGGAAAAACUUUUGGCGGGAAAGACAUCUGGUUUGCAUACCACAGAAUACUGAUGGUGGUGACGUGGCUACUGACCGUGGCAGGGUUCAUCCUGAUAGUAGUGGAGGUGGGCGGCUGGACUGGUACUGGAGACAACCCUCACGCGAUUACGGGGAUUGUUACAGUGGUGCUCACAUUUAUACAACCUAUUGGGGCCUACUUUAGGCCACAUCCCGGAACGAAUAAGAGGCCUAUAUUCAACUGGGCCCAUUGGUUCCUUGGGAACUCCGCUCAUAUCUUAGGAAUCGCAACAAUAUUUCUGUCGGUAUACCUGCAGAAGGCUGAACUUCCCUCGUGGAGCGUCUACGUUCUCGCUGCCUUUGUAGUCUUCCACGUCAUUAUGCACGUUGUGCUCUCUUUGUUAGUGUGCGUGUCAGAAGGUCGGAUAAGUAAAGGUCGCGUAUCAUCUUUCCCGAUGAAGGAUAUGCUUGGUCAGCCGCGUCACGUCUCCGUUACGGAUACUGCGGACGCGCCGUUCUCCGGCUUCAAGAAGCAUCUGUUGGGUAUAUACGCGCCGAUCAUAUUACUGUUUGUAGUAGCAAUGAUAUGUCUAGUAGCAUUUGCGCCAUUUGGGGCCACUUUUAACCCUUGAUUAAAACAUGUAGGAACAUUAAACUAAGAGUAUUAAACUAAGGGAGACGGCAUUGACGGAUGUCCCUGUGUAAAAGACAUGAGUUGACGGUUUAAACCGGGAAUUGUUUACCUUUAAUGUGUCAUUUUCAAAAUGAAGACAAGCAAUUCGUGAUUUAAUAUAGCGAAGUUUCAGUUUUGGAAACAUUGACGCUUGACAUGGUGGAGGAGUUAACAUAUUAAUCUCAUGGGCUUCUGAUAACGUCAUCGCCGCUAUUACUGUUGACUUAUAAGUAGUGUCAUCAUUAUAUUUAAAAAUAUUUAUUUCAGUAACAAAAAUGGUACAAACAUAAUAGUGGAUGUGACCUUCUAUUAAGUGAGGAACACCACAGGUGUUCAUGUGUGUUACCAGAAUGCCACGCUCUUCCAUAUCAAGUCACGUCUAAGUGAUCAGUUAACAAAAUGAUGUGGUGACACUUGCCGCGCUAGUACAAGUAACGGGAUUAAAAUUAUUAAUUGAAGGUUUAAACUUAAACUUAAAAGUAAUAUAUAGUUAUAAACUAUUUUACAUUUCCGCAUGACAUGCCCGAAUUUUUUUUCCCUCACUCAUCUGCCGUCUCCAUUAGUUACUACUCUAAUGUAAAAAUAUAUUAUAUGUAUGGAAAAUAAUGUAUUAUUUUUUUAGAAUAUACGCCACACAGUUUGAUUAACGGACUUAAAAUUAUCUUGAUUUGAAUCCUCAAAAGAGAUAUUUUACACUUUUAUUGUGUUGUUAUGGGGUUGGUUAUGAGAUGACCCCAGUUUAUUAUGUACAAAUUAUGGAUGAAAAUAGCUAAAAAAAAUAUACGUCUCGAUAGAGCCUCUUGCUAUUAGCCAACGCAUGGCUAGGUUUAUCACUUUACUGUGCAUAACAUGGUGACAGCUACAUAUAUCUAUUAUCUAAGGGCAGUAGCUUAAAACAGCGCAAAAAAAAAUUAAAUCAACUAUCGCCUACCUCCGUAAAAGGGAAUUUAACUUAGCAUAUUUUGUCAGAAAUCAUAUUUUUCUGUAAUUAAUAAAUACAUCACAAAUGUUUAAUUACCAAAAAAGGUCUUAAUUAUUUUGUAUGUAUAUAAGUAUAGAUAUUAACACUAUAUUAUCUAUAUAUACUAUAUUAUUUUACUAUAUCUAUUCUACUACUAUACACAUAGAAAACAAAACAAAUGUAUCGCGCAGUACAUAUCACAAUAUUAGAUGAUCAUGUAAAAAAAUUGGCGUAAAAUAAAGACAGCAAGUAAGUUUGUCACGGGUGUCACAAUUCGGGCGCUAAAUAAUUAAUAAUUAUCUGGCGUUUAAUUUUUUAUAUGAGAGGGGGAAAAUUGUAAUGUAAUUAAAUAAAGCAUUAUUAUUCUAUAGACUUAGCGUGAUUAAUUGUUGAAUUAUAAAAAAAAAACGUUAUUUAUUGUUGGCAAGGGUUGUGCCUUUUUUUCAGAUUUUGUGUCUAUAAAAGUAAUGUAUUUCGUAUGAGGAAUGUUCGCUAAACAUAUGUUGUGAUUUUAUUACUUAAGACAUAGACGAUUUACAAGCGGCUAAACCGUUCAGCAUCAGAUAAAUUCAGCUCUAGAUUACGUUCAAUAAAGUUAGAACAAAGUGUGCGAGAGAGAAGAGCAUCUCUAACGGAGAUACAGCAAGAUAGUAAAGGAAACCGAAUCUUUUGUUACUGUAACCGAUUGACAAAUCGUAAACAGUCAGCCACGCUUGGGAUUAUCACCUCAACAUCUUGAAUAAUACACUAGCUAACGCACACAUUGUCAAAAAUUGAUCUUGUCGUGUUGUCAGUUAAUUUAUUCGUUAGUAUCUAUCUGGACAGGACAUCACUAAUAUAGCAGCCUGCCUUAACAUCCGGGGAUUUAUGUUUGUUACAAGUACUUACCUAUAUAACGACAAACCGACUCAUUUUGAUUAAUAUGUAUUACCUAAUGUAAGUUGUAUGUUCAAUGAUUUGUAAAUAGUUUUUUUUUAAGUGUGAAUGAUUUUGUAAUUCUGUUAUGGUGUUUUGAAUAGAAUUUAUGUAUACAGAGAAUAUAGGAAUGUCAAACCUUCGCUGCCCGCGGUACCAUAUAUAAUCAGAAAACUUCUGACUGGGCUUCAAAGCACUAUUACUACAAAUAUAUAGCUAACGAAAGUUAAGGAUAUAAAGGUAAUGUAUACUGUUCACGGAAACGGUCUGAAAAAAAUUUUUGGCUUUUAUAAUUGUUGGAUGUGGACAAGGCCAUAGAUUAUCUCUUUUCCAGCGCUCGUCUCACAAAAUCGCCCUCAGAUUAGAGUAAGCAGGACAAUGGACACUACAAACUAAACAUAGCAUAGGGCUCAGCUUGUGAAGUAGAUGUAGGUUCAGUCGCGGAAACGCAUGGAUACCCAACGCAUCCUUAAAAAACAGCUGGGCUGGAAGAGGGGCUGUAUGGAUAGCCUAAGGAUAAAAUAGAUCUGAAAAGGGUUUCAAUGAAUUGAAACUUCUGAACCCAUAAAAAAUUAACCCCAUUUCUAAAACGCAAAUAAAAAAUAAAGUUCAACGGUACCGAAGGCCCGGCAGAUGUGAAUGUAGUUAUAUUAAAAUGAUUCAAAUUAAUAUUUGUGGUUGUGGUGUUUGUGUAAUUUUGCUAAUGUGGUGGGCUACAAUGUAAUAAGAGAGCGUCAUACCAUUUUCCAUGACGGCAAACCGGACGAUUAUAUUUUUUGUUACUGCCAAGUGCGCCACUAGAUGUUAUUGGUCAAAACAAGGAUUUUACGCCGCGGGAGUCGAGUGUUUGACAUUAAUAUAGUAGGGAGUUAGUAGUACCUAAUUUAAUAUAAGAUUUAUGCAAUUGUCAAAAGUUUUUAAAAACCGUUUCCGUCCAAUACAUAAAUCUGUGAUUUUAAGUAAAAGCGUGAAUGUAAUAUAUAGUGAUAAAUAAAAUUAAAUAACACUA